AUAUUUUUAUAAACACACUAUUUGGUUACAAUUAAAUCAAUCAUGGCUGAAGGCGAUAAUAUAUCAACUUUUAGUGUAGAUGGGGGUCAGGAUACUGUUGGACUGCCUCGGAUUGUUAUGGUAACCGAGGGAUCUGAUACAUCAGCAUCGUCCGCAUCAUCGACUUCAUCUUCUGAGGAUAACUGGGCAGACCUCAUCAAAUCAUCAGAAAUACCUCCUGAAUAUUGGCAUAUACAAAAACUCGUGAAAUAUAUGAAGGCCGGUAAUCAAACCGCUACUAUGGUUGCACUCUCUUGUCUGAAGGAUCACGAUCUUACAAUAGAAGUAAACCAAAGGGCGAUUCAAGAAAUCGGUGGUUUAGAAUUGCUAGUAAAUUUGUUAGAAACCAGAGAUUUAUGUUGUAUUUUGGGGGGUCUUGCUGUUUUAAAAGAUAUAACACCAAAUAUUGAAAUUAGGAAGAAAGUCACAGAUUUGGGAGCGAUACCUUUGCUCGUAGGACUUUUAUCGGAUCCAGCAAGAGACGUGCAAAUACUCGCGGCGGAAACUAUAGCCAAUUUAGGUCGAAUUCGCAAAAGCAGAAAGUUUUGUAGAAAAUUUGGUGGAAUACCGAAACUAAUUGACUUGUUGGACAUUAAAGAAAGGUAUUUGGUUACACCACGUGAAGAAUUAAAUCAGGAUGAGUUGCAGUUUUUGGAUAUUGCACGAGCUGGAGCGAAAGCACUUUGGUCUAUGUCAUCCUCUCAAAGAAAUCGUGAAGCAAUGAGGAAGUAUGGUAUGAUACCUCUCAUCGCGCGAAUGCUGAAAACAAUUCAUCUAGACGUAGCAGUACCGGCGGUGGGACUCCUACAAAUGUGCGCAAAUGAGACGUCAUUCCAACUAGCUAUACAAACUGAGAAAAUGGUCAAUGAUUUAAUAAAACAUUUGGGUAAUGAGGAUAAGGAUUUGAAGACGUAUUGUAGUUUAGCUAUAUACAAGUGCGCAAGUGAUUCUAUAACAAGGGACAUGAUUCGUGAAGCAGGAGGACUGGAACUGCUGGUGGAGGCUGCUCAAGACAGCACUAACAGGACGAAUAAACCACUAAUGGCAGCUGUAACUGGUGCGUUGUGGAAAUGUGCUAACAGCGAUGCGAGCGUCAAGAAAUUAGAUCAACUCGGUGCAGUACCCAUAUUGGUUAAAUUAUUAGAUGAUGAAAAUGAUGGAGUCUUAACCAAUGUAGCCGGGGCUUUAGCAGAAUGUGCUAAAUAUGCUCCUAAUAGAGAUAAAAUAAGAAGUGCGGGUGGCAUUCCUAUGCUAAUUCACCAUCUAAACAAUACGUAUAAACCGCUACUGGAGAAUGUCCCACUGGUCUUAAUGGAAUGCGCUAAAGAACAGAAUUGUAUGUCAGAAAUUGAUGAAUUAGAUGGUGUUAGACUUAUAUGGUCAUUAUUGAAAAAUGACUCUAAAAAAGUUCAGACUAACGCUGCUUUAGCACUAAGUCCAUGUGUACAGAAUGCGACUGACUCUGGAGAAAUGGUCAGAUCUUUUGUUGGGGCUCUAGACUUGACCGUUGAUUUAUUAGAUUCAGAUGAUCAUAAUGUUUUAUCAGCUAUUUGCGCCGCCAUAGCAACGAUUGCGAAGGACCACGAGAAUUUAGCAGUUAUAUCUGAUCAUGGUGUCGUUGGCAAGCUAUCGAAACUUGUUAGUACAACCGAUGAUCAUCUUCGAGCCAAUUUGGGUGUAGCAAUUGCGUAUUGUUGUGAUUGGGCGCAGAAUCGACAGGAGUUUGGUCGACGUGGAGCCAUCACACCCCUUGUCAAUUAUAUGACAUCGCGUGACCCUAAUGUCCAUAGAGCAACAGCAUUAGCUCUGUAUCAUCUCUCAUUCUACUCUAUAAACUGUGUUACAAUGCAUGCGGCGGGUGUAGUACAGUUCUUGUUAGAAACCAUUGGAUCUAAGGACCCGAUAUUACAAGAAGCAUCCGCUGGUUGCCUCUGUAAUAUUCGAAAAUUGGCUCUAGCGGCGGAGAAAAUCAAAUUGAAGCAAUAAUCAUAGCAUCAUACAAUAAAUUGUCUGAGUGUUGAAAUUAAAGAAUGGCCUCUGAAGGGAAUAAUUGGCAACCAUAUCAAGGAAAGUCAAGGUAUUCUUGUAUUUAUAUAAUAAUUACGAAAAUCCUGUUGAUUCAAUAAUGGUAACGAUACAAUAUUGUUGCACGUAGGUAGCCACCACCGAGUAAAUAAACCACUACGGCAUGGCAUUAGCGAGUGUAAGUGCCAUGAUGCCCUUAUGAGAAGGCAUCGUAAAUUGAAUCCACGUGACCACCUAUAGAGUUGAAAGGUGAACAAUUAUCUUCUUUUAAAUAAUG